UUUCAUAUUUUGUAAAUUUUGUUUUUGACAUUGUUGAAAUAUGAAGAAUCUGUUUAUUUUUUAGAAAAAUAUAAAUAAAAGUUAAUAUUUUGUUUCAGUGACAUUGUUGUAAAAGAAAUGUUAAAUUGUUAAUUAUUUUCUGACGAUAUUCAAUAAUUAUGACACGUUUUGCAAGAGCAAAAGGUUCUAAAGCCUCAAAUGAGAAGAUAAGAGAAGAAGGAACACCAUGGCAUAUUAUGAAACAACAACUCGAGGAUUCUUUGGCAAAAGAAAAAUCAGUGGUGACUAAAGAAAAAACUAAAACUGCAAGACAAUUACUUGAGGACAAGGAAAAAUCCCUCCCCGUAAAUAAUAAUUGGGCGGAAUUUGAUAAACCAACAAAACAAAAGAAAUCAAAAAUUGCAGAUUCUGGUAAAAUUCAAAAGAAUAGCGAGAAAAAGAUAAAGAAGAAAAAACUCAAAGAAGCUUUAGAAAAGCAAGGAGAAAAUAAUACUGAUCUUGUGAAGGAUGUUAGUGAAAAAUUCGAAACUAAACAAAUUAAUUCCGAUGAACAGACGAAAUCAGAAAAAUCUAAAGGAAAAAAUUCCAAUGUUUCUCCACUAAAGAACGAAGAGAAAGAGGAGAAGAAGAAGAUGAAAAAGAAGAAAAAGCGUACGAAUACUGAAACAUCAGAAAUUAGUGAGCAAAUAGUUUCAAAACAGAAGAAAACGAAAAUAGAAAACUCUGAGAAAUCGGAGGAAAAUUCAGAAGAAUUAAAGACAAAACCCACAGAGAAAUUAAGUAAACGACAAAAAAGAAAUUUGAAAAAAAAGAAUCAAAACAAUCAAACUGCAAAUAGUGACAAAUUGAAUAAGAAUCAAAACAAUGAAACUGCAAAUAGUGACAAAUUGAAUAAAAAUCAAAACACUAAAACUGUAAAUAACAAAAAGAAAUCUGUAUUUGACACCAAAGAAAAUGAUUGGAAUACUGAAGUUAAUUUCGGAAAAUCAAAUAAAUCUUUUAAUUCUGAGGAAAAGUCGAACAUUCAAGAUCGAAAUCAGAACAGAUUUAAUCGAUUUGAAAGGCAGAGGCCAAAUAUGAAACAACAUCAUUUAAGAAAGCCGAAAACUAGAGACGACCAGGAACAUCAAAGGAGAAAACCCGUUCCAUCGACGAAAUUAAUGAUCAACGGAAUGGAAAUUGAAGUUGUCAUGUACGACGGAUUUCCUGUACAAAAAGAAGAUGCUGAUCGAUUAAAAGAACUUAAGCAGCAGAUGAUUAUUAAAGGAAUUCCAAAAUCCGAGAUCGAUGCAGCAAUGAAACUCGAAAGGCGAAAAGCAGAGAAAUCAUUGGCACGCGUUAGAAAGCAAGUUUGUUUUCAUUGUCGCAAAGCUGGUCACAAUUUGUCCGAUUGUCCCGAACUUGGUAAAGAAGAAUCAGCGACUGGAAUUUGCUUUAAAUGCGGCUCAACAGAGCACACACAUUUUGAAUGUAAAGUGACAAAAUCAGAUGACUACAGAUUUGCAAAAUGUUUUAUUUGCCGUGAGCAAGGGCACAUUGCAAAACAAUGUCCCGAUAAUCCGAAGGGUCUCUAUCCAAAAGGUGGUGCUUGCAAUAUUUGCGGUGAUGUGACGCACUUGAAAAAAGAUUGUCCCGACGCUGCAAGAGAGAAAGAAGAAACAACAAUAACAGUAAAAACAAUUUCCGAUUCUGCCCUAGAAUCAAUUGAAGAAGAUGCGACGAAAUUAAUGAAAGAAAAGAAAGAAACAAAAAAGAAAAUUGUUAAAUUUUGACACAAAUGAAUUCAAAAUUUAAUUAUUCUUCCAAGAGAUGAAAUUUCGUUAUUGAAUUAUUGAACAAAAUUAUCGAAUUUUGUAUUAUGAAAUUUGAAUGAAAGGUUUUAUUGCGAAUGAAUGAUAAAUUUUUAUCUCUGAUAAUUUAAUGAGUAGAAAUGUAACAUGAUAAAUUUCGCAAAGCUAUUUGAUAAUAAUAGCUACAAUGUCAUUGAACACAGAUUUUUCACCGAAAAGUUCGCAAUUUAUCAACUCUUAUGAAUAUAAUAAUAUAUUUUAUUUAUAUAUAUACUUCAAUCGACUCCUAUCUAUACAUUUUUUUCUUGUUUCUUACAUUAUUUCUACAAAUAAGUGUAAAGUCUGUUUUUUUUAAUAUAUAUUUCGUCUAUAUUCUGUCAAUCUAAAAACAAUCUGUGUGUGAGAGAGAGAGAAAAA